CAAUAUUAUACACAGAGGCCUGAAAGAGAAAUGAGUGAGCUAUGUGAACAGUUACAACAGAAAAGUUGAGAAAACACCGUGACCUCAUCUGCUAUACAAUUAGCGUUGUGUCACGAGUGGGGAAAACUACUACUUCUCCUCUCUUAUUCGUGGCAAAACGUGUCUGCUCACAAUUGCAUGUAACAGCAAAAAAGUCAAAAGAUUUUUCAUUUGUUGUGGUUGCAAAGAUGUCAACAGUUUGUACGAUUUUUUUGGCAUCUCUUUAAUCGAGACAAUGACUCGUCACUCUCGACCAUAAAAGGCGCCACCGGCAAACAAAUUCGACCCAGUCAACCAAACUUCCUUGAUGCAAAGUGGAGGCCGGUGGUUCUGGCAACACACCAGCUCACAUCCUCCACUUCAAACUCAUCUCUACCACUGUCACUACGUUGGCAGCUGUUUGCAUAUAUCACUCAUCCUGAAAUAUAUACAAUUUAUCAUACGCAUCUUAAAACCAGUCAGCAUAUCAAAUCCGGCCUCGGCUGUGUGGAGUUUGCAUGUUCUCCCUGUGCCUGCUUGGUUUCCUCGCAUAUCCCCAAAACAUGCAUACUCGGUUACUUGAAGACUCUAAAUUGCCUGUAGGUGAGGAUGAGAGUGCGAAUGGUGGCCUCAUGCCCCUCAGUCCCGGCUGACGAAGAUGUACGCACCCACUUAGGCUUGGACCUCUGCUUCUUAGAGGAACCGAGUUGGCCAGUGGCGGACCUUGCCCCCAAUGCGACGGCAGAUCUUGCCGCAAUUUUUUCCACAGUCACACUCAAUCAAUUUGAAGGUUUGCUUUUCGAUGUAUUUUAUUAUCCUAUUUCGAGAGUACUACCCAAUCAUGGCAGCUCUGUGAAUUGAAAAAAAAUAUACACCUAUGCCUACGCCAGUGUUUAUCUGCAUAGAUCACCUCCUCAAAGAGUUCGUGGUAGCUCUAGGAAGAUUCUACUUGCCAAAAGAAACUAAAUAAUCCAGGGGGAACCUCCAUACCGAGUUUUGUAGAUUAUGGGAUGAGAAAACAUCAGGAACUUGAGGUACCUAGGUAGUUCCUGCUAAGGUUCCUUCCUGCUGUGGGAAAGCCCACCAAAAAGUUUGCAGAUGUUUGUAAAAAGUUUUGGAUAUGUUUACAGUUCAAACUAUUGUUUUAAUAUAGGUAAUUGGAAUCACUUUAAAGGUCUAAUCCAGAGGACAGAUGAAAAGAUAGGCAGGUUAAGACAAAGCGGGCGCAUUGGACUUACAAAUCAAAGUGGACGGUAAUAUGUUCCCAGCAUUUCACGGAGGACUGCUUUGAAAACCCGGUACAGCGUUCACUAGGCUUCGGUAGCAAUUAAGUAUGUAAGUGUUCAAUUGUUUAGUAGUGACAAAUAUCUACCUCAUUUUGAAGGUAAGUACAAGAGCGCUACAGAUGUAUAUGACAGCUAAUAUCCAUAUCCAUGUGAUGUUUAGAAGGUGACAAAAUUUGGACACUGUAUAAAGUUAGUGUACUGUUGACACUGAGGUGUUCCUGAAAUUCGACUACGGCGGUGUGUGCUCUCAAGUGUUAGGUGCAUUAUUUAAAAUACGGGCUAAAUCUUUAAACGCAGAACGACACGGAAGGUUCCGAUUUUUGUUUUACACCGACUCAGUCGCUAGUACAACAACAAACAAGCAGUGUACAAGCAGCGUCAGAGGUUUAAACGUGUUUGAAUUCAAUUAUUUCGUCAACAAGGUGUACCUAUAUUUCUUGAGGCACCUACCAGUCUGUGUUUUGGGUUGGAAGUUCCACGUCAACUUCGUCAGGUCUCGCCGAAUUCUGUGUUUGUGUUACAGUCGUCAACUCCGGUUUGAACAUAUAUGGUUGAAUUACACCUGCAUGGGAUGUUUUUCGAACACGGGAAGAAUAAGAAAAUUCCUCCACUUCAAUUCCUCUCUUCCACAGAACAUUCCAUAAAAGCUUCAUCACUGCUGUCUAUCUCCUUGAGAUCCCACUCGUAGCGUGUAUGAUUGUCUGUAUUGGAAGCCAUUGUCUUUACUGGGUUGUCUUGGUGUGACGUCACACGGAAGCAGCUUCAACAGGGCCUCGGUUUGAAACAGACACUGGAUGCAUUCGGAUUACAAAGAAAAUGUGCACUUUGGCGCUAAUUUAUUUCAUUUCUGUUGUGUUGAGAAUUUUUAAAAUAUUUUUGAUGAAAAAUUAGCCUUGUUUGCUAUAUAAAUAAAAUAUAUGCCCUCUGGAUUAGACCUUGAAGAGGAGCAUCAGUCACUCACACAAAGUCAAUCACAGUUAGAACUGCUGGGGGUGGGGGGAAAUAAACAAAACAUUUCGACAGCCAUGUUGGCCUUUAUCAGAUAGAUAGAUAGAUAGAUAGAUAGAUAGAUAGAUAGAUAGAUAGAUAGAUAGAUAGAUAGAUAGAUAGAUAGAUAGAUAGAUAGAUAGAUAGAUAGAUAGAUAGAUAGAUAGAUAGAUAGAUAGAUAGAUAGAUAGAUAGAUAGAUAGAUAGAUAGAUAGAUGUGGGUGGAAUUACUUUUUUAGUCCUUUGUGGUUUGGAAGUUUCACUUUCCUUUUCCCCCCCUCUUCCAUGAAUACCGGAAGGCUGUGCUGCGUUCAAGCAUAUAAGGAGGCUCAUAGUGGCACUUUUACUCAGGCAGCGCUUUAUCCUCCUCAUCUUUUUCUCCUCACAUAUCAUUGACCCAGCAGAGGACCAGCCAUGCUCGGCACUAUCAAAGUUAUUUUUCUCCUCGUUGGCAUCUGUGCAGCUCAAUUUAACAGAUCACAGAGUUGUCUGUGUCAGGAUGGCAAGUCAUUUGUCUCAAAGUUCGGAAUGAAAGAGAUCACAAUCUACCCAGAAAGCACCUUCUGCAACAAAGUGGAAAUAGUGGUCAGCACAAAAAAUGGAACACAGUUCUGCCUGAACGAAAAAGCGGUGCACCGAAUCCUCACACACCUCAUGAAAAAGAAACCUUCCACUGCCAUUCCAGACAGUACCAAGUCCGCCCUAAGCGGGAGCAAUACAACCAACAUCUGAGUAUAUCAAAAUACCAGACGACUGACGAUUUGAAACAAAUUUAACACAUAUGUGCAAUGCUUCAGUUAUUUUUUUGUUGUAUUCCAAAUGAAACAUGAUGUAAUUUUAUAUUCUGUUACAUUGAAUAUUUUUUUUAAUAAAAAAAUAAAAUAAAAAGAAGACUGUUAAGAAUUGUUACUUGUUCUCUACUCUCUAACGAUAUAGUAUUUGGGGUUUUACAAAUAGUACUGGACUGUAGUAGCAC